AUGAAACUAUGGAUUCUGAUACUUCUGAAUUUGCUAGUAGCUGAAAGUGUUGUCCGAACGAGUUAUGGGAAUUGGAGCUUGGAAAAACUCGGCGACAGAAACUCGCCGUCAUUUCUAAUCGAUGAACCGAACCGUCAAUUCCUUCUGGACGGUCUUCCAUUCCGUUACAUCUCCGGAUCAAUCCACUACUUUCGAAUUCCACGUGAACGAUGGGAUGAGCGACUUCAGAAGGUUCGAGCACUCGGCUUCAACGCUAUUCAAUAUUAUAUUCCGUGGAAUACGCACGAGUUGGAGGAGGGAGUCCAUGACUUUUCGGGAAUCCUCGAUUUCGCCGAGUUCUCGUCUCUGGCAUUCCACAAGUACAAUCUUUGGACUAUCCUAAGAAUCGGACCGUAUAUUUGUGGUGAAUGGGAGAACGGAGGUCUUCCAGCAUGGCUUCUCACCAAAAAUGUCACCAAACAGAGAAGCAGCGAUCCGGUUUUCACCCGUGAAGUGGAGAAAUGGUUCGAGACGCUGCUGCCACGUGUGAAACCACUUCUCCGUAAGAACGGAGGGCCCGUUCUGAUGCUUCAAAUUGAGAACGAGUACGGUAGUUAUGACGCGUGUGACAAGCAGUAUCUCCGGUUUCUGAGGGAUUUGACGAGAGCUCAUGUUGGCGAUGAUGUGUUGCUGUUUACGACCGAUGGUUCCGCGGAAAACCUUCUAAAAUGUGGUACCGUCGAGGGCGUAUUCCCAACAAUCGACUUCGGCCCAACCGACAAUCUUAAAGAAAUUCAAUCAAAUUUCGAUCUCCAACGAAAAUUCGCGCCCAACGCACCACUCGUCAAUUCCGAAUACUACCCCGGUUGGCUAGUCCUCUGGGGUCAAAAGCGUCAAGAUCUCCCGUCCCCUCAAACAAUUAUCAAUGGAGCGCAAUUCAUAUACUCCCUUGGAGCCAGUAUCAACUUCUACAUGAUUCACGGAGGCACUAAUUUCGGAUUCUGGAAUGGUGCAGAGGUGGAGGCACCAUGCAUCACCUCCUAUGACUACGAUGCUCCGAUAAGUGAGGCCGGAGAUGUUACAACCAAAUAUUUGGAGAUAAGGAAAUGGGUGAAGGGAUUGAAGGAUUGGUCGACACCUCCACAAGAUGUUCCAGGAAAUUCACCAAAAUCACGCUUCGGAAAAAUCAAAAUGCGACUGGCCCACUCCACUGAAAAACUGAAUAGUUUCAUCGAUAAGGAGUUUUCGGAUCCAGGAGAUUGUGUGGAUUCGGAGAAGCCGAUGAGUUUCGAGGCGCUCAAGCAUCCGUUGGGUUUGGUCGCUUAUCAGGCGAAAAUCUCCACAUGCGGCAACCUGACAAUCCCAUCAUUCGGAGACUUCAUCUAUGUAUAUCUCAAUGGAAAAUAUAUUGACACUUUGACCCGCCGAUAUUACAAUGUGAGCAGCCACUCGGUGAUGCUCGACGGGUGCCAAAAUGAUGGAGAGGAUCGACUCUUCUUGUUGGUCGAAAACCAAGGAAGAAAAACGUUUGAGACGAUUAAUGAUCCCAAGGGAAUCCUCUCCGAAGUCUACAUCAACAAUGCUCCUAUCCACUUCUGGACCCAAUGUGGUAUCAAGCUUCCGUUACAAAACGCCGACAAUUUCUACCUCCGGAAAACCAAGAAAACCAUUCAACGGAAAAAGUUCCUACCCAAUCAGAAGCAAGGCGUCUUCGUUGGCGUGCUUCCAGUCGAGGCUCCCGCCGACACUUGGCUAGACACCACCGGAUGGGGUAAGGGAAUCGCCGUAGUGAAUGGAAGAAAUCUUGGAAGAUACUGGCCAACAGAGGGGCCACAAAUGACGUUGUACGUGCCUCGCGAAUUCUUGAAAAUCGGAGAGAAUCUGGUGAUGAUGGUGGAGUUGGAGGGAGCUGGCGACGCGUGUACCAGUACGAAUGCGUGUGUCGCCGAUUUUAUCGAUCAUCCCGUUUUUCAUUUUGAGCAGUGA